GCAGGAGACGGAAGUCCCCCCCCCUCCUAUUACCCUACGCAGAGGCUGGAGCAACGCGUUGGAGGCGGCAGUGAUCUGCGAGCGGAACCUCCACCAUGAGUCUCCUCAACAAACCCAAGAGUGAGAUGACUCCAGAGGAGCUGCAGAAGCGGGAGGAGGAGGAAUUCAACACAGGUCCCCUCUCAGUGCUUACACAGUCAGUCAAGAACAACACACAAGUACUUAUUAACUGUCGAAACAACAAGAAGCUCCUGGGCCGGGUGAAGGCCUUUGACAGGCAUUGCAACAUGGUGCUGGAGAAUGUGAAGGAGAUGUGGACUGAAGUGCCGAAGAGCGGCAAGGGCAAGAAGAAGUCCAAGCCUGUCAAUAAGGACCGCUACAUCUCCAAGAUGUUCCUGCGUGGGGACUCAGUCAUCGUGGUGCUGCGGAACCCGCUCAUCGCCGGCAAGUAGAGGAGAGGCCUCUUCCCUCUCUUGAGAGCCUGCUUCCUGCCCUGCCGAGCCCUGUGAGCCCAUGCCCAAGAAUGGAAAUAAAGCCGUGUGGUUUUUUGUU